UUACUCAAGUACGCGCAGGGAGCCAAGUAAUCGAUCGUAGGAGUUGGAUACCGUGCCAUACUACGUUUCCGUUUCGUGAACUUCGUGCGUUUCUUUUCUAUUUCCAUCGGGAUCUUAUCUAAACCUUUCAAAAUGGUGAAGAUGGAGCAUGACGAUGGCAAAAACGAACCAGAACACGUCCGGAAGUUGUUCAUCGGCGGGUUGGAUUACAGGACGACCGACGACUCGCUCAAGAAGCACUUUGAGCAGUGGGGCGAGAUCGUGGACGUAGUCGUCAUGAAGGACCCCAAGACGAAGCGAUCAAGAGGCUUCGGCUUCAUCACUUACUCUCGUGCUCACAUGGUAGACGAUGCGCAGAAUGCCAGACCCCACAGAGUAGACGGCAGAGUGGUUGAGCCUAAGAGGGCAGUGCCAAGGCAAGAGAUUGGCCGCCCGGAAGCCGGUGCUACCGUGAAGAAGCUUUUUGUGGGUGGUUUAAAGGAUGACCACGAGGAGGAGGAUCUCAGGCAGUAUUUUCAGAGUUAUGGCAGCAUAAACUCGAUCAGUAUAGUCACCGACAAGGAAACCGGCAAGAAGCGUGGCUUCGGCUUCGUGGAGUUUGAUGAUUAUGACCCAGUUGAUAAGAUCUGCCUGCAACGCAAUCACCAGAUCCGUGGGAAGCAUGUUGACGUCAAAAAGGCACUGAGCAGGGCAGAGAUGGCCUCCGCUUCCGGUGGUAGCGGUGGUGGUGGCGGUGGUAGCCGAGGUGGCCAGGGAGUUGGCAGAGGACCUCGUGGCGGUAACCAAGGCGGCGGCAGCUGGGGCGGCCGCGGCAGCGGUGGUGGCGGUGGUGACUGGAACAACGGUGGUAAUCAGGGUGGAUACGGUGGAGGUAAUCAAGGUGGUUGGGGAGGUAAUGGACCAUGGGAGAAUCAGAAUCAAGGAGGUGGAUGGAAUCAGGGCGGACAAGGUGGCUACAACAGCGGUGGCAACUGGAGCAACGAUAAUUUCGGUGGCGGUUAUCAGCAGGGUUAUGGUGGUGGUCCGGUCCGCAACAACUUCAAUUCGGGUGGAAGACCAGCGCCAUACGGCAUCAAUUCGGGUCCGAGCGGGCGGCAAUCUGGUGAUUCAAGAUGGCUUCCACCGUUCGGUGGUCAAGGCGGUCCCAUGGGCGGUGGAAAUUCCGGUGGCGGCGGCGGCGGCGGCGGCGGCGGAGGAUAUGGAAACCAGGGUGGUUACGGCGGCAAUUCUCUCGGAGGUGGAAACAUGGGCGGUGGCGGCGGCGGCGGAGGCGGCAGCGGUAGAAGAUACUAGAGCAGAUAUAAGAGGAUGAUGUACCAAUGAUCCCCACUGGUGAAGCUACUACUACUACUACUACUACUUGUCUUCUAGUCGCCAAGUACUUCUGUACUAUUUAGUAUCGGAGCAGGCAGGCAGGCAAUCAGGCUAGAGAGACAAGACAACGAGAGCAGGCAGAAACUCAGAAACACAGAGUCAGGAAGUCAAUCAGGCAGGCAGGACAAUCAGGAAACAGGACAGAGAAAAAGAGAGAGAGAGAGAGAAAAAAGUCAUCAGUUAGCUCGCAGUGAGGGGGACUUAUAAUGUCUAUCCUUUUCUAUCUUAUCCAGAUUGUUUCCUUUCCUCGGUCAUUUUAAAGAUUCUCACUAUCCUUAAAAUGUAUUUGCACGUCCUCGCAAGGGCCUGUGCGUAGAUAUCACGACCAGACAGGAAAGAAAAUUCAUUUAUACACAGAAACAUAAUUUAUAUAUUAGGAAGAGCCAGUGCGGGAAAGAAAGGGAAAGGCGGGGAAUGAGAAAGGAAGAGAGAUAGCGUUUGCAUAUGCGUGUGUGUACGCGUCUGUGCGUGUAUGGUGAUACGCCGCAAUAGAACGGAGUAUUUGUCAGCGUAAGAAUUAAAUAUUAGGAUAGAAACUAAAAAUGUGUAACUAUUUAAAACUUAGUCAGCGAAAUAAAACAGCAGAAAAACCUUUUCUUUACCAUGUUUUAAUUUUGUGACGCGAGAAAUCGGGUAGGUUGCAAGCUCGGGACUAUAAAGGGCCCGCGUUGUCGCGGGCGGACAGGAUAUACCGAGUAGAUUAACUAAUACCGUCGUUCGAAGUACCUUAUUUUAUGAAACUCCAUAAUAUCGAAUUGAUUUAAUAAACAGUUCGCUCGUCUCCUCCGUAGUAGCUAAAGUAGAAUUUCUCAAAUAUGAAUGCAUUAAAAGCUUAAUUUACAUCUCGGAAAGGUCCUUUCGUAGUUCAUGACGACAAUGAAUUACUUUUCAAUGAUCCACAUAUACUGGAGAUUAUCGAAAGUCUCUUUGCAGUAUCAAUUGACCUUUGUCAACUGAUGUUGUCAUUCAAGAUACCAAACACGUACGUGUAUUUCACGACAAUAUCGAACGUGCAGAUCAAAAUUGUCUGAUCGAAUUGACUCCUUCAGGAAAAAGUCAGGUGAGAUUUUUGGUGAGAGAAUAGUAAAGUUAGAAAAGAGUCUAAAGUCACAAAAUUAUAAUCUUGAUUAGUAAGCAAGGUAUCCAUCUUGCUCAAGUAAAAAGAAUUCAUUCCAUUUCAAGAGAAGGGAACGAGCGAACUCCAAUCAAUUGACGUGAGAGAGUUUCUCAUUACAAUAUUGCAAUCUCCUCUUUGAAGUUCGCGUAAGAAUAAUAAUAUUAACGAGAUCAGAACUAUAUCUUGUAUACAGUAUCGUGAAAAAGAGAGCUUCUAAAUGUAUUGUACAAUAGACCGAGCAACAAAGAAAAAAAAAAACCGUAUGGAUGUACUGAUCAACUGUGUAGUUGAAAGAUAAGUGCCACCGGUGUCACGAGACGACGAAUGUUUCAAUGUGUAUUCGCAGUAUUAAAUCAUUUGUACAGAAACGAUAAACCCAAGCCCAGUUUUUUCUGUAGUCUCCUCCGUCGCGAGGAGUUCUGACGAAUGACUCGCGCGCGAAGCUUUACUCUUCCGAAAUACCCGUUCCCGCCACGACCGCUAAUCGCUCCCUGAGAUUGCUCCUACGGCUGCGUUCAGUCACGACGUCGAGAGCGAGAAACAGCGUGAUUCUUUUCUACCGUGCUAUAUACGUCAAUCGAAACAAGUGAGUUUUCCGUUUGAUAUAUAGUAUCGAUCUUCAAAGGUUCAUGCGAUUGUCGUUUCUAACGUUAAUCAAAUGUAAUUGCAGCGAUACCAAAAAAAAGAUACCUGGAACCAAAAAUCCUUACGAGACUCACUUUAAUUCCGGAGAUUCUAUUCAAUCCUACCCGCAGCACGAUCCUCCAAACGAGUUAUCCACCCUUAGAUAGACCUAGAGAGACGUUGAAAGUGCUAGAAUAGCGUCUAGUUAGCCUAGCGCAGUUUGGAUCCGAACUUUAGCGAUGAAGAUUAGCAGCUUAAGAGCCAGGAAGAAGCUAAAAAGCAGGCAGGUAGCAGAGAAAGAGCAAAAGAAAAUGCAAAAGAGAGAGGACAGAGAAAGGAUCCUCAGUCUGCGACAGACUAGUGUUUGCUAGGCUUCUCGCUCUAGCCUCUGUUAUGCAAUCACGCAGGUAGGAAUGUUUCGACUCAUUUGCUUAGACAUAUCUAUAUAUAAUACAUGUAUCUAUAUAUAUAGGGUGCUAAAUAGCAACAAGUGUGUGCAUGACGUUAUAGUAUUGUUUUACCGUGUAUACUUCCUGGCGACUACGUUGCACCUGGUGUACCUGCACCAGAACUGUCGCUGUUUAUAUAGAGAACUUGCGAAAGUGUGAUGAAUUGUCGAAGGAAUCGGUAGAAACCGCAGCUCAAAGUAAAUCUAGCUUUAACCAGUUGAAAGUCGAGCCUACUUCGAGUCCGCAAGAUAAUUUUGCAAAAGAAAUGUCAGCCAAUAACACUCGUUAUUGUGGCAUUUCUCGUGAUUGCAGGUUUCCGCCGAUACCAUUCGAGUCACCUCUCUUUCGCGAAGAAGAAGCUUUAGAUUGAACGGGAGGCACACAAUUUCGUUUGUAUCUCUGUUGCAUCGUCGCUGUUCUUUACAUUUAUGUUUCUCGUCUCUCUUCUUUUCUUUUUCCUUUUUUUUUGUUAAAUCUUUUAUCUAGUGUUCACGUGCACACGAGAGUCUCUCUCUCAAAAAAUAUGCCGUCUCGAACAGGCGAAUAUGCUUUUCCGUUUGUGUCUCACGGAUCCGGAGACUCUACGAGAGUCUGGAGUCUUUUUAUAUUUAAUAUUACGUUACAUGGCUUCAAGGGUCUUUGGCACCAAGCACCAAGCUCCGCAGUCAGAUUUUCUCGCGUUGUAGCACCCCCGAAGGUGUGACACUUCCGCUAUUCGACGUACUGAACUCAUGGAGUCACGAGAUCAAAGCUUACUGUGGUGUCUAGAGUAUUUGUUAGUGUAUGUGAAACGUAGAAUAUUUAUAGAAAUAUAAUUGAUUUCUUUUAAUAUCAAUCCAUCGUCGGUACCUAAGAUUUUAAAUUCUAAGACCUAUGAUCAAUGAUUAAUAUGAAAGCUGGUGGUAAUAUUUAAAGAGAUAUUGUUAAAUGAUCUAGUCAUCUACUUGGAAAGGAACCUUGAUUAAAUUUAACAGGCAAGUUAGCGAGAUCUAAGACACGAGAAGGAUGAUGAUCAGGAUGAUAGACACGUUAUCACUUGGUUCAUUUGAGUUCUCUUGCUCGGAGCAGGCAGGGCGUUUCUUACUGAGACUUUCUUUUACUUUCACUGUAUUAAUUGCUGUCUUUCGUUUUCAUUAAUUUCUGGUUUACCGUUUGGGCUGGUACUUGAAGAAAGCGACGUGCCUCUGCCGCCGUCUUUCCAGGCUCGCCGAUUGAGGUAAGUUCAAGUAACGAUUUACACGGGAGUUACGGCUUUUUUUGAGUCGCCUCGAAUGUUACUCGAAAAAGUCGGGUGUUUUUGAGAAGAUCUUAAGAAUCCAGGCGUCCGAGAACAUUCAUAAUUCAAAAGCAGAUACCUGAAGAUUUGAUAAAUUUUCAUAAUAAAAAUCUGCCUUUGAUUCAUGAACAUUGAAAUAAGCACAGAAAUAUUUUUUUAACAUUCGGAGUUUUGAUAAUCCAGGAAAUUAGAAAUUGCAAGAAUUGUUCAGAAUUUUAUAGGAUUUAAUUGAAAUUAAAGCGUGCAAGUUGUUUUAAGAGCUUUUCUAAAUCGCAUGGAAUCUUAGAGUCUGAUUCUCUCAAAAUCCAGAAACUUUGCAGGUCCAAGGUUUUUUUUAGGAACUGAAAUAUUUUUAAGCAAAGAUCCAGAGAUCCCAGAGAUCAGAAAUCUCGGAUCUUAGGAUCUAUAGGAUAUAUAUAUAUACGAUAUAUUUAGAUUGUAACUGCCUUUACACGUUUAAUAAACUUCUUUUUAAACU